UUGUAAACUCUCGCACCAUUUGAUGAUGUUUUAUGGCGAGGUCCAGGUGCAUGCUGGGUGGUUUUAAAGUCCAUCUGUUAUCUGUUAGAAUGAAAGGUCAGAGCUGAGAAGUUUUCCUGCACGUUACAUUCAGGCUGAUGUGGUUGAGGAAGACAGACGAUGUUACGUAGGAGGUGCUCCGCUUUCCUUCUGCUGUUGUCGUUCCGGUUGGCUGCUGGUUCUCUACAAUGCGAGGCUCCUGAGGGGAGAUGUGAUUUUGUGUGUGACUGCGGUGACUGCAGCGAUGAGCACAACUGUGGCUACGCAGGAAGAACCUUUCAGUGUGACUUUGAGGAUGCGGGACUUUGUGGAUGGACGGCCGAGCCUUUGAGCCAAACAUACACAUGGGAGACACGUCAGGGGGAGGACACGCUGCCCGACAGUGGGCCUCCAUCUGAUUACACCACCGGCACGGCUAUGGGAAGGUUCAUGGCCGUGAGUGCGGUGAAUGCAGAAUCUCCUGAGACAGCGGUGUUGGUCUCCCCAGAGAUGAAACAGUCUUCACCAACAUGUCGGCUGCGUCUCAGAUACUUCCUGUUUGAUUCAGGUCACACAGGUUUAGGAUCUGCACCUCUGUGGGCGUCCAUCCUUCACCAGGACUCUCGGCAGGCGGUGGUUUGGCGCCCUGAGAGCUCCAGUGUGCGUAGCUGGAGGGAAGCCACCAUCUUUCUUGGCCGCGUUUCCUCAUCGUUUCGCAUCCGCCUUCACUCGCAGCGCUCCGAGGGAAGUAAGGGAGACGUAGCCAUAGACCAGCUGGAGUUCCUGGGCUGUGCUCUGCCUCAACCCAUUCCUGGGGAGGCGUGUCCAGCAGGGAUGUUCGCGUGUCAUCACAGAGGCUGUGUGAGUCAGCUGCAGGUCUGUGAUGCCAGUGAUGACUGUGGUGAUGGGAAGGACGAGGAACGCUGUGAUUUCUACCACCGGUGUGACUUUGAGAAUGACCUGUGUGGUUGGGACCUGAGGUCCAUUUCCAAACUGAAAUGGAUAAGAACGAGUCAGGAGAAGAUCUCUAGAUCUGACCCUCUGAAAGGUCCUGGCAGAGAUCACUCCAGCAACACGGCGUCAGGUCACUUCCUGUAUGUCACCGUCCCUGAUGCUGGCCUCACCUCUGAUUGGGCGGCCUUCCAGAGUCCACCCCUGCAACCUACCAAUAGCUCACAUCCGUGCAAGAUGGUGAUGUACACUCACCAGUUCAGCCCCAGGUCCGGAGGUCUGACGGUUCUGGUGUCGCAUCGUCAGAUCCAGCCGGUGUGGGAGAGGGGCGGAGCUUUAGGGGACGUGUGGGUGAAGGCGGCGGUGGACAUCGUGUCCAACGAAACUUUUCAGAUCCUGAUCAUGGCAGCAAUCCGAGACUUUGAAUAUGGCGGCAUCGCCGUCGACAGCAUCGUGUUGUCCCCCGGCUGCCAAAACUCAUCUGACAAUAACACCCUGGAGGCGUUCCCCAGACCUCCAAAACACCCGUGCACCGAUGAUCCAAACCAGAUGUGUGACUUUCACGCUGACUGUGCCGGAGGAGAAGACGAAGCCAGAUGUGGCGACUUCUGGAGCUCGGAGGGUAGCUCAGGCUGGACUGAUACCAGCAUCGGGAGUCAAAGUUGGGCGCUGCAUAAAAACUUCACAAGUAAAGAGGAGUACCUGUAUGUAACCGAGGCUCCGGGCCAGCAGCUGACUGAGGCCCAGACCCGGACCCCUCUCCUGGGCCCCACCGGUCCAGCCUGCAACCUGACUUUUGAUUUUGCUCUUUCUGGGACUUCAGAUCAUAUUGGUGACCUAUCCAUCAGGGUGAUUGACAGCAUGCUGGGUCCGGGGCCCAAGCUGUGGGAGUUCGGAGGAAGAACGGGAGCAGAGGAGGAUGCCUGGAAGCACGCUCAUAUCCUUAUUGGAGUCAGGAAACACCGCUUCCAGCUGGUGUUGGAAGCCCGCGCCGUGAAAAUUCAGCCUAGCGCUACAAUCAAAGUGAGGAACGUUCACUUCGUUGGCUGUCACGCUAAAUAUUUCCCAUCAGCACCAACAGGGUUGUCGUGUAACUUUGAAGAGGGAUUGUGCGGAUGGUAUCAAGACAACAGCGACGACUUUGACUGGUCUGUGCUGAGCGGGAUGGACCACACCAUCGGAGUAGGCAGAAGCCUCUCUGUGGACAUGUGGAGUGAAUCUCUUCGUGGUGCGUUCGGGCGCUUGCUGUCAUUCCCACAGUCACCAGGACCUACAGACUACUGCCUGUCCUUCUUCUACAAACUCUAUGGGCCCAAUGCAGGUGCUUUGAACGUGAAGCUGACCGACUUGUACGGUGCUGAGAUCCUCCUGUGGACUCGUUCUGGAGCUCAUGGCAACGCGUGGCACGAAGCUCAGUGCCCGGUCCCGCACCAGCUCGCCACCUUCCAGCUGGUCUUUGAAGCCGUCCGCUCUGGUUUCGACGGGCGCGUGGCCGUGGACGACGUGACCUUCCUCAACCGUCCGUGUACCAUACCACGGAUGUGCUCCUUUGAAGGCCAGAACUGUGGAUACACAGGAUCUGGGAAAAUCCGCUUUCUCCAUCGAAAUGGACAUGGCAGCUCAACGACUGGCCCUAAAACCGACCACACCCUGGGGACUGAGCUGGGUUACUACAUGAUGGUUAACACCGACGCAGCCAUCCUUCCACCCGGCACCGCCGCUGUGCUCACCUCCCCCGUUCGACAGGGAACCACCAGAACUGAGUGUGUGAACUUCUGGUACCACAUGGGUGGAGAGAAACCUGGUUUCUUCUCCGUGUUCAUGAAGACGGAGACAGGAGACCGAGUCCAGAUCUUUUAUGACAGUCUGAAUCAGGGAGACGACUGGCGCCAUGGCAACAGCAACAUCUCCAGUGGCCUUGUGAACUGGCAGUUGGAGUUCGAGGUGUUUGGAGCCGGAGGCAAAAACACUCAUGUAGCAGUCGAUGACAUCUACCUGUCGGCUCACCCGUGUGAGGAUCAAGGAUCCCGGUGCAGCCUGGAGAAAGGAAUGUGCAGCUGGAGCAACACUCCGAACCACCAACAGGACAAACUGGACUGGGAGCGGACGAGUCCCGAGGCGGAGACGCACUAUCCCACCCCGACCGAGGACCACACCCUGGGAUCGGAUAAAGGUCACUUUCUCUUCCUUCCGAGCAGCACCAGGACAGCAGCCAAUCAGAACGCUUGGCUGCUGAGCCCUCACCUGCCCCCAGCUAAGGUCACCUGUCUGAGAUUCUGGGCCUACAAACCCCAUUCAUCGGACGGCCAGCUGAAGGUCUGGAAGCUCUCUGGAGGUCUUCUCCAUCAGCUGCUGCUGCUGAGCCAACUGGGAGGACCUUGGAAACGCUUCGACAUAAACAUCACGUCUUCUGAGGAGUACCAGAUUGUCUUUGAGGGGAUCAAAGGAACCUCAGGCGUCGUUGCUCUGGAUGAUAUUGAAUACGUAAUCGGGAGCGACUGUUCUAAAAAAAGCCCAGAAUCGGCUUCCAACCAACGGAACGAUGCAGGAGGGAUCGCAGCAGCUGUGAUUGUGGUUCUGCUGCUGAUCGGACUGUUGGUCUUCCUGCUGGUCUUCUACCUUCGGACCAAACCGAGAUCCCAGACUGAAACCGAUUCUACCGUCGGCUUCAGUAACAAAGCUUAUGAGUCAGACCACACACACUCCUCUCAGGCCCGAGCCCAGGAUGUGGAAUAAAUCACAAGCUGACCUUUGACCUCAGUUGGUUUGUUGAAUUAGUGUGGUUUUAGUGCAGAAAAACUGCUUGUGUCACACACACACACACACACACACACACACACACACACACACACACACACACACACACAAACAGCUGCUGCUGCAAAGAUCUGAUGGACCUUCAUGACCGUCAGCCUGAGGAUGCGUGGACGUCAGAAGUUUUUGAAUGAUGACUAAAACGGUCGGUGCUGCAGCAGCUCUGAGUGGUGCUGAUGUCAACAGAAGGAGCUCUAUGAUUUAAAUAUGUGUUAGAGAACGUUAAACUAAUCUAAAAUCUUCAUAUCUGAGCCUUUUCUGGUGUCAAAGGUGUUAUUCCUAAUGAUGGAUCAUUUUAGCGUCAGCUACUGUCAAGGUAACAGGUAACGCUACCUUUAACAAUAUUUGUGAAGGUUGUGUUAUCCAGCAGGUGAAUGGAUUAGAAAUGAUGAUGUCAUAGUGGGUUGUUUCACAUGAAUGGCCCACCAGUUUUCCUAAAGGGAUACAGUUAUAAUAAGUCUAGUUGAUGUGUGUCCAUCUUGGCUUCAAAACAGAAGCUUAAUCACUUUAAAUGAGGUGUUAAAGUUCAGAUCAAGUCAGUUUUUAAAGAGCAAAAAAAUACUCAUCAGUGUUUUUCGGUCUGGUUUUAUUGUGACUCGUUUGUUUUAGAGGAUUAAACAAUAAAUAAAUAGUUCAACUUU